AUGGCUCGAGGCGAAGAGAGUCGCUACCGGACGCGGGUGAACCACCUGGUGCAGAAGGACAUCCACAAGCCCAUCGAUGCCAUGAAGCACUUCAACGCCAAGGUCACGGACGGCCGCAUCCCGAUCGUGCUCACGCCCAACUACCCGACGCUCAUGACGCUCUUCAUGAAGGUCCCGUCAGGGCUCUGGGUCUUCAAGCAGAAGUGGAACGCCCACGCGGGCAUGAUGGACCCGGGGCUCAAGAUGUUUUGGCCGGCCUGGAACCGCGUUUCGCACAUCGUCACCAAGCAGGCAGUGACCUACUCGAACCCCGUGCGUGGAUGCCCCACGUCCGACAACGUGAUGGUGGACAUCGACAUCUCCAUCAGCUUCCAGAUCGGCCCCACGGAGGACGACGCCUACACUUUCGUGUACUCUUUGGGCGCGCAUCGCUUCGACGAGCUGCUCUACAGCUUGACCGAGGAGGCCAUUCGCGGCCUCGUGCACUCGGUGCGUCAUGACCAGGUGCACGACCUGAGGGAGGAGUUCGCCAUGGGGAUGAAGACGGAUCUCAACGCCAAGCUCAAGUCGUACGGCGUCUUCAUCCACAACGUGAAGGUCACCAAUGUGGAUCUGCCUCAGGCGCUGUCCCGGACGCUGGAGGAGACGACGGCGUUCAAGACGCGCAUGGAGGAGCAGGAGAAGAACCACGAGAACCAGAUGCGCAUGCUGCUGAACAAGGAGACGCAGAAGCUCACGGCGCUGGAGAAGAACAACGAGCGCGCGAUCCAGGAUCUGCAGGCCGAAAGUGUCCGUGCGGCCAUUAUUCGUGACGAGAGACGCACGAUCGCAGAGGCGAAGGCGCAGGUCACGGUGGCCGAGCACGUGUCGAGAAACGAGAACAAGAUCAAGGCCGCGGAGGGCUACAAGGCCGAUGCCGUCGCCAGUGCCACCGCCAAGACGGUCAAGCGCAAAGCGCUGCCGAUCGUGGAGCUCAACAACCUCAAGACGGACUUCGAGCAGUUCGUGAACGUCGCCAAGGUGAAGGCAGAGGCGAGAAUCCAAGCUGCCGAGAAGGAGGCUGAGAAAAUUUUGGCGAAUGCCGAAGCAGAGGGCAACUCCGCGGCGUUCCUCAAGGCGAAGCGCGACUACGACUACAACGAGAAGAAGAUCCGCAUGGAGACUGCGCUGCUGGAAGCCGUUCCGCUUGUCAUCAGCGGUAAGAAUGGCGACCAACUCAUUCAAGGCACGCUGUUGCAGACGAUUGCACCCGCUAAGUAG